GCCAGCGGUAUAAAAGCGUCAGGAACGUCGUCUUAUCAGAUGCCGAUAACACCGAUCCAUACCACGACGUCACCUCUUCAACACGCCUCCUUUAUAGGCUAAAUAUCUUCACAUCUGGUUAGGGAUGGCGCCAGAUACUUUUCACCCAUUCUGGGUGUCGAAACAUCCUCCCCAGCACCACCGUGUCGCAUACGACGCGAAUUCCCUAAAGCCGAACCAUCAUCCAGAUCCGAACUAUCCCAAUGACAACAUGAACCACUCCGUUGAUCCUCACUAUCCUUCGUCACAAACCGAAGCCUCUGAGCUCACAGAGAUUACUCCUACAAGUUCGGUAGCCAUCCUGCCCAAACUCGACGGCGCAUGUGAUCACCCUUGCCCUGUGAUGGCAUCAGACAUGGUACUUGAAAAGCCAACUAUUCCUGUGACACCAUUUCCGGAGAAAAAAUAUGAUCGCAUCCUACGGAAUCUCCGGUGGACCAUUCUGUCGGUCUAUCGGCGCCUCAACAUCAUUGUGCUCACGUCAAAUAUCAUCGCCAUGGUAGUCCUGGCUACACAGCACAGGCUGCUUACAAUGUCACCAACAGCGGCUGGCUCGGCUGUAGCCAUCAACGUGACUGCGUCGGUCCUGAUUCGACAGGAGCUUGUCAUUAAUGCUCUCUUCUACUUGUUCGGUAGAUGUCCUCAGUGGUUCCCACUACGUAUCCGCUGCAUGGCUGCAAAGAUCUACCAUCUAGGAGGAGUACACAGUGGCGGUGCAAUGUCGGCCACACUCUGGCUAGUGUUUUUCACCAUCGCUGUGGUCAGAUUCUUUCGAGAAAAACUACUCGACACGCACAACUAUGCCAUACCGGCUGUCAUGGCGGUAAUCGACGGACUUUUCAUCUCCAUCGUGGUCAUGGCACAUCCGAGCAUUCGUGUAAGACUUCACAACUCGUUUGAAUUGGUUCACCGCUUUGCCGGUUGGACUGCCCUAGCACUGUUCUGGGUUCUCUUUGGACUUCUGACGGACGCAAAAAUUCACAGCUCAGACUCGACUAUCACGCUCCAAGGCGCAGUUGCUGGCAGUCCUAUAUUUUGGAGCCUCCUGAUUACGACCAUCUCUAUCAUAUUGCCAUGGCUCUCCCUCCGAAAGGUUGCAGUCGAUGCGGAACCACUGUCGGAUCACGCCAUUCAAUUACACUUCACUUAUACCAAGUGCCCUGCAGGUGCAGCUGCUCGACUGUCCGAAAGCCCUCUUAGAGAAUGGCAUGCCUUUGCUGGUAUCCCGGAUGAGGAUGGCCAAGGAUUCUCCGUCAUCGUAUCCGCUGCAGGCGACUGGACCUCGAAACUCAUCAAAUCGCCACCGACAAAACUUUGGGUUCGUGGUAUCCCGACCAAAGGCGUAUUAUACAUCGCUCCAAUAUUCAAGAAGAUGGUACUCGUCGCCACAGGAUCCGGGGUUGGUCCUGUCAUGUCGCUUUUAUGCAUGAAGAACAUCCCAUGCCGCAUCAUAUGGUCAACACCUGAUCCUGAGGCCACAUACAAACCAGGCAUCGUCGAAGAGAUUCGCCGCGCUGAUCCAGAAGCUGUCAUCAUCAACACGACUGUCGCUGGACGACCAAAUCUUGUGCGGCUGACAUAUGAUCUGUAUGUGUCAUCAGGUGCGGAGGCGUGCUUCAUCAUUUCCAACCCCAGAGUUACGCGGAGAGUGGUAUAUGCUCUUGAGUCUCGGGGAGUUCCAAUUUUCGCACCUAUUUUCGACUCUUGAACGAUUGAGAUCCCCACUCAGCAAGCAACAUAUUUUAGGGGCUUCGGCAGGUUGGCAUGAGUUUGCACAUACGGGCGCGGUUUCGGUCAGACAGGUCGUUCAAUCUGU